AUGUCGGUGGUCAAGUCUACACAUAACCCGUUAUCCCACUCUGAUCAGCAUCCCUGGUUCCCUCCUAUGGGAAAUGUUUUUCACAAAAAAACGUUCGCCUUCUGGCCAGGGAUAGCAAAGGUCGCUAUUUUUUUAGACCGAGAUGGAUUUCUCUUUCGAUACGUCUUGGAUUAUUUGAGAGACCAACAACUAGUGCUUCCAGAACAUUUUCCCGAAAGAAGUAGAUUGCAGAGGGAGGCCGAGUACUUUAAGCUCCCAGAAUUAGUCAAAAUCUUGGCACCAAAAAUCAGCAAUGACUCGGAAGACCAAUCGCCCAGUAUUGAGAUUGGCAGGAACCUAACAUCUUUUGAUACUCUUCUUGCAACAGGGAACCAAUCCAUUUCAGACCUUCAUAGGUCCGGUUUCAUAACUCUAGGUUACCGUGGCUCCUACACUCUAGGAAGAGACAGUCAAACAGAUGCCAAAUUCAGAAGGGUAGCAAGAAUAAUGGUAUGUGGAAAGACAUCACUCGCUAAGGAAGUCUUUGGAGAUACCCUAAACGAGAGCCGGGAUCCAGAUCGACCCCCCGAAAGAUAUACCUCUAGGUACUACCUGAAGUUUACUUUUCUGGAACAAGCGUUUGAUAGGUUGGCAGAUGCUGGAUUUCAUAUGGUGGCGUGUAACUCUACUGGAACAUGCUCCUUUAUGCACGAUCUAACAGAUGACAAGAUCUGGACAUCUUACACCGAAUACGUUUUUUACCGUGAGUGA